CCAUCACACUCACACUCUCCCAGUCCAAACUCGAUCAUUCACAUUUCACUCUCACUCUUCUCUCUCUCUCCUAAUCAAAGUCUCUCUCUGGAUUGAUAAUGACGGUGAUCGGAGCGCUGCAGGUGCCUCACAGCAGCACGUCGAGCCACGCCGCCGACCUCCCCGCGGCGUCGUACCGGCUGCUGUCCUUCGCCUCGUCUCGACAACGAAAGAUCUCGACGAAAUUGGCCUCCCCACGGCGCCGUUUUAAGUCCGCUCAGCUGAUUGUCAAGGGCGUGUCCGAUUCGCAGAACUCGCAGACUUGCCUCGAUCCUGAUGCCAGCAGAAGUGUUCUAGGAAUUAUACUAGGAGGGGGAGCCGGGACUCGUCUUUACCCUCUUACAAAGAAGAGAGCAAAGCCAGCUGUUCCUUUAGGGGCAAAUUAUCGCCUAAUUGACAUUCCUGUCAGCAAUUGCCUGAACAGCAACAUAUCGAAGAUCUAUGUUCUCACACAAUUCAAUUCUGCAUCGCUGAAUCGCCAUCUUUCAAGGGCAUACGCAAGUAAUCUUGGUGGCUACAAGAAUGAAGGGUUUGUUGAAGUUCUUGCUGCUCAGCAAAGUCCAGAGAACCCCAACUGGUUCCAGGGUACAGCUGAUGCUGUGCGACAGUAUCUGUGGCUGUUUGAGGAACACAGUGUUCUUGAAUUCUUGGUUCUUGCUGGGGACCAUUUGUACCGUAUGGAUUAUGAGAAAUUUAUUCAAGCCCAUAGAGAGACAGAUGCUGAUAUCACCGUAGCUGCACUGCCAAUGGACGAAAAACGUGCUACUGCAUUUGGUCUAAUGAAGAUUGAUGAAGAAGGACGUAUUAUUGAAUUUGCAGAGAAGCCAAAAGGAGAGCAGUUGAAAGCUAUGAAGGUUGAUACUACGAUUUUAGGUCUUGAUGAUGAGAGAGCCAAAGAGAUGCCUUACAUUGCAAGCAUGGGUAUAUACGUUGUAAGCAAAGAUGUCAUGAUGAACCUGCUUCGUGAGAAUUUUCCUGGAGCCAAUGAUUUUGGAAGUGAAGUUAUUCCUGGUGCAACUUCCAUUGGGAUGAGAGUGCAAGCUUACUUGUAUGAUGGAUACUGGGAAGACAUUGGUACCAUUGAAGCCUUUUAUAACGCCAAUUUAGGGAUCACCAAAAAGCCAGUACCAGAUUUUAGCUUCUAUGAUCGUUCAGCUCCAAUUUAUACCCAGCCUCGAUAUUUACCUCCUUCCAAGAUGCUUGAUGCUGAUGUCACAGAUAGUGUUAUUGGUGAAGGUUGUGUAAUUAAGAACUGUAAAAUUCACCAUUCCGUGGUUGGGCUUCGAUCUUGCAUCUCAGAGGGCGCAAUCAUAGAAGAUACCUUGUUGAUGGGAGCAGAUUAUUAUGAGACGGAUGCUGACAGAAGAUUUUUGGCGGCAAAGGGAAGCGUCCCAAUUGGUAUUGGCAAGAACUCUCACAUCAAACGAGCAAUUAUUGACAAGAAUGCUCGCAUCGGAGACAAUGUGAAGAUCAUAAACAGCGACAAUGUUCAAGAAGCGGCCCGGGAAACAGAUGGAUACUUUAUAAAGAGUGGGAUCGUUACCGUAAUCAAAGAUGCCUUGAUUCCGAGUGGAACUGUCAUCUAGAGACUUUCACAACCAGUACUUGUGCUGCAACACUACCACUUGCACACCUUGCGGACACAGCUCCAGGCUCAUCUCUCGGUCUAGAGGGUGGGACCCCAUAAAGUCCUCCGUAUCAUUUCUCUUGUCGUGGCCAUGUAGAGGGAGUCCUUUCAUUUACCUUUGGGCCGGACAAGAGAUACAACGGAGUGUACGUCCUUCACCGAUUGCGCACCAUGUAUAUUUAUCUGACUUUACUGGGGCAUUCGAUAAGGAAAAGUCUUCUAAUAAAGUUUCAUUAGCAAA